AUGGGGAAAGUAUUUGAUUUUGCCGAAGUGGCUAAACAUGAUAACCGCAAGAGUUGCUGGGUCAUCUUGUAUGGCAAGGUGUUUGAUGUGACCGACUUCGUUGCUGAUCACCCUGGAGGUGCAAAUGUCAUCCUCAAGCUCGCAGGCAAAGAUGCAACUGAGGAUUUUGAUCCCGUCCACCCAGCCGGUACUUUAGAAGAUAACCUCAAACCCGAGGCUCUUCUGGGGACUAUUAAUCCAGCGACUCUACCCGAGAAAGAGUCUUUCCUUGUGACUUCCCCGAAAGCUGAUGAUCCUCCUCAUGUCGAUGCCCUUUUGAACAUGGACGAGAUCGAAGAAUUGGCUACAGCAAAGCUAAGCAAGAAGGCGUGGGCAUAUUACUACUCUGCUGCCGACGACAAGAUCUCCAAACGUCUCAAUACAGAGGCGUUCCGCUCUAUUCUUUUGCGACCACGGAUCUUCAUUGACUGCGCCAAUUGCAGCCUAAAUACAAAGUUACUAGACAACCACGUUGCUCUGCCUAUUUACAUAUCUCCAGCAGCUCAAGCUCGCCUGGGGCAUCCAUCUGGCGAAGCAGGAAUUGCCGAGGCAUGUCGCGCCUUUGGGGCCUUGCAAAUAAUUUCCAACAGCGCCUCCAUGACGCCCGAGGAGAUUGUUGCUAACGCCUCCCCAGAACAAGUAUUCGGCUGGCAGUUGUACGUACAAGAAGACCGAACCAAGAGUGAGAGAAUGAUUGCACGAAUCAACAAAUUGGCUGCGAUCAAGUUCAUUGUUCUGACUCUUGAUACUCCCGUAAUGGGCAAGAGAGAGGAUGACCAGCGUGGCGGUAAUGUUAUUGAUGAGAUUACAGAUGAUUGGAAAUCCACCGAUGGCUCGGUGCAAGCUCGAGAUAAAAAGGCAUUUGCCGGGUUGGAUCCCACGCUGACAUGGACAGAGACUCUUGCGUGGUUGGCCAAACACACCAGUCUCUCUGUUAUUCUCAAGGGCGUUCAAACCCAUGAAGAUGCGUAUAUUGCUUCCUUUCAUCGGCCCCAAGUGAAGGCCGUGAUCCUUUCAAAUCAUGGUGGCAGGUCCCUUGACACGUCUCCUCCUGUCGUGCACACUCUACUUGAAAUCCGCAAAUACUGCCCUGAAGUAUUUGACAAAAUUGAAGUCUGGGUGGAUGGAGGAGUUAGGAGAGGAACCGACGUGGUCAAGGCCAUUUGCCUUGGUGCAAAAGGUGUUGGCAUUGGGCGACCUGCACUAUUUGGCCUUUCGGGUGGGGGUGUGGAUGGGGUGAAGAGAGUUUUACAGAUCCUGGCCGACGAGACCAAGACUUGUAUGAGACUCCUUGGUGUUGAGAAGCUUGAGCAACUUGGAAUGCAACAUAUCAACACCCGCUUCGCAGAGCAACAGAUCUUUGAUGGGCCUUCAGACCUUGCAGCCUGUCGGGCGGCCCAUUUGUCAAAGCUUUAG